AUGGAUAAUUCUUAAAAUUUACAAACUCUAUUAGUCAAUCUAGAGCAAGAUGUUGGUUAUGAAAAGAUUCGAAAAUAUGGCCGAACUUAUGGAUUUCAUAAUAUGUAUGCUCAAUUCAAUAAUAAUAAAUAGAUAUUUUAGAAAAUAAAUAUGGAUUAAACUAUUAGGAAUCGAUUAGCAAUUGUAAUACAAUGAAAGUUAAAAAUGCCUACAACAUGAUCAAUUAUUAAAGGAUGUCAAUCGAUCACUGAAUACUAUUUCUUAAAUCAAAAACUUUAAAGAAAUGUAUAUCCUUUUUUUUAAAUAUAGAGAUCAAUUAAGAAAAUGUUUAAUGGAAGUAUUAGAUACCAUUUUCAGCCAGCAUCCCAAUUACUCUUAUUAUCAAGGCUAUCAUGAUGUGGUCUCUAUUUUAAUACUUGUUUUGGGAGUGGAAUAAGGCUACAUAGCUGCUACUUAUGCUGCCUAAAAUUUCUUUAAAGAUUAUUUAGACUAAGAGUUAGCAACUACAAUCACUCCCCAAUAUUUAUUCAUCAGAAAUCUCUUAUUACGAUAUUCCAGAGACAAUUCAAAUCAAAAACUCAGAUAAAUAAUGUUAAUAAUUGAGCAUCCUACUUGUGUCAUUCCAUGGAUUCUAACGUGGUUUUCUCAUUCAUUAGAAAAUAUAAAUGAUAUUUGCAGAAUUUGGGAUUUCCUUCUAUGUUCUAAAUAAAGUACAAUUCUUUAUGUCUGUGCUGCAUUUAUAGCCAUUCAUCAUGAUAAUAUAGAUGUUAGAAAUGAAGAUGAUCUUAUUGGUGAGUUUCAAGAGUUUUUCUAAAAUCUUAAUAACAAAGACCGAAUCCAAAACCUUAAACUAGAGAUGGUCUUAUAAUUAGCAAGAACUUUAGAAACUUAAUAUAAAUUUGAACUUAUUUGUGAAUAAGAACAUAUCUAGUUCUCUUAAAAGUUUUUAAAUAAUUUAAUAUUAGAUCUAUUGUAUAUUAGCAUAACUUCAAAUCCCAAUUAUCAUAUUACUACUCUCUAGAACAACUAGAAAAUUCAAUCAAAAAUAAAGUAUCCCGUUUCAUGUAUGGCAAUUAAGACAUCAUAAUAAAUUUAGGGGGAAUCGCUUUAAGUUUUCUUAUCCAAUAUUGUAUAAUUAAGAAAUGA